GCGCCUGCCGAAGGCGUCGCUAAAGAGCAUCUGCCCGAGAACAGGAAGGAGCCUCCCUCAAAGCUGCCGAGGCGGCGGCGACGACGAAACUAGGCAGCCUACGAGCAAGUGGCGCUCUCUGGACCUCGCCAGGAAGCGGAACGGAGCCCCGCGGGGGGACGCAGCUGGACCGGUUUCUUCUCCCGCGCGCGGAGCUGAGCGAGGUUAAAGAACAGACAAGCCACCAUGUGGGGAACCCUCCAAUCCAUUUUAGGAGGUGUAAACAAACACUCAACCAGCAUUGGGAAGAUAUGGCUCACUGUCCUCUUCAUUUUCCGUGUCAUGAUCCUUGUGGUGGCUGCAGAAAACGUCUGGGGAGACGAACAGUCGGAUUUCACUUGUAACACUCUACAACCUGGGUGCAAAAAUACCUGCUAUGAUGAUUAUUUCCCAGUUUCUCAUAUUAGACUUUGGGCUCUCCAGCUUAUCUUUGUGUCUACCCCUGCCCUUCUGGUGGCAAUGCAUGUUGCCUACAGAAGGCACGAGAAGAAACGGAAAUACCGACAUGGGGAGAAAAUUGACCUUGAAAGUCUGAAAACCCAGAAGUUCCACAUCGAAGGACCCUUAUGGUGGACAUACACCAGCAGCCUCUUCUUCCGAAUUAUCUUCGAAGCGACUUUCAUGUACAUAUUUUAUCACAUGUACGAUGGGUACCGUAUGCCUCGUGUAGUGAAAUGCACUGAUUUUCCCUGCCCAAAUACAGUAGAUUGCUUUAUUUCUCGUCCCACUGAGAAAACUGUAUUUACUAUUUUCAUGCUGGCUGUGUCAGGCAUUUGCAUGCUCCUAAAUGUACUUGAAUUGUCUUAUUUGAUACUAAAGUCUUGCAUGAAGAAGUCUCAGCCCAAGAAGCCACUGCCCAAUCAUUAGAUGUUUGUAUGUCAUGUAUCUGUUUUGCAUUGCUUAAAAGCUCAUCUGUUUUUAAUUAAACUAUAGUAAAUUACACACCUUCUAAAUAGUGGGAGUCCAUCUUAUUUAACCCACAGUUCAGGAAUUCUUUUGUCAGUACAGGCUGAUAAUACCCAAAUACAUCUAGUUACAAUUGUGCAAAAGGCUAGUAUUUUGAUGAUUAAACAGCUCUUUUUUUGCUCCUUUGGGCGAGAAGAGCGCACAGCCUCAAACAUCAUGAUUCUUUAUCAGAUGUUUUAUUCUCAGGACUCGAGUAACAAUUAUUUCCCUAAUUACUUUACCCCCUCAACUUACUGCAGUUAGUUUUAGCUACGAUUUACAAACCUGGUUUAUUCAGAUAAAUCAUGGUUUGAAGUUGGCAUGUUUAGACAAACCAUAGUUAAAACCAACCACAGUUUGUCCCAGUCUAAAUUUAACAACAGACCAUGGUUAGUUGAAAACAAUACUGAAUGCUUCCAAUUUCCUUCCAGAGAAGGAGAGCAAACUCAAGGCUCACUCACUUCCAUAAUCAGAGGCAGCCUGCCCCUCUGAAUACCAUUUGUGGGGGAACAGUGGGACAUGCAGGGCUACAUAAGCCUUUAGUCUGAUACAGGAGAGUUUUUCUCAUUUGCUCUUACACAGCACACUAAACCACAGUUUAGCCAUGUUAAGUCUGCAAACCGCCACUCUUGAACAUGCUGUGCAAACCCUGACUGCCUUACAUAAUCCUUACCAGGGUUUAAUGGGACUUGAAGCUCUAAAAAUAAUAUAUUUAAUAUGCAUUUCCCUUUGUUAAGAUGUAAAUGCCAUCAAAUUGCUCGGUAACAGUUUUGAUCACCACACUCGGUAUAAGUUUUGGUGGACUAGAGUGUGCUUCAGAUGCACACAGUUCCAUGCCUCUGAUGAAAUGGACUCUAGUCCGUGAAAACCUGUGGUAUGAUAAGUCUGUUAGUCUUUAAUGUUCUAUAAUAUUCUUGGUUUUUAUUAAUUUGGUGGCAAUAGAACUGGGCAUACCACAUAAGAGCUGCCUAUGUGAAUAAAUUGUGGAGAAACUAUAGUUGAGUUCUGCCACUACUUUGUUACUAUUUAAAAUGUGCCUUUCACUUGAUGUAGGAAGAAAGCCAAUUCUGUCCUUUAAAAAGUUCUGAAAAUAUAUAUAUAUAUAUAUAUAUAUAUAUAUAUAUAUAUAUAUAUAAAAGUGACACCGUUUUGGAAGAAAUUAUUGUACUGCUAUUAUGAGCAGUUUCAGGAAAGCACAAAGAUAUAUCAGGAUUAGCUAGAACAAGUAAUUCUGUCUCCCUGAGAACAUCCUUAAUCCAACUAUGACAAACAGGAACUUUGGUGUGUUUUCAUGCUUCUGCUUGUUGAAUGCGUAAUUGAAUGAUUGACUGCCAAAAGAACAUUCUGCUAUUCAAUGGUCAGUAUUACAAAAUAUAUUAUUUGUAUGAAUGACACCUUUUUCCUACUUAUCCUGUACUCAAAAUAAAUCACAUUUGUCAAGCCUUAA